AUGCCUCUUCAAUCUCCAUUGCGCUCUGGCCCAGUCCCCAUCCAGCGACAGAACUAUCUUCGAGUGACCGCCCUCUUCUUCACUCCAGCACGUAGGGCGCGCGCAGACGAGCAGUUUCUCGAGCAGAACUUUGAUAAUCUCGAAGAUCGUUGGCCAUUCCGGUUCCGUGAAGGUUUGUCGGAACGAGGGCGUUCCCGAGCCAGAGCCCGACAUUACCUGCGUUUACAGGACGAGCUUCGUUAUUUGUGCAGUAUUACCAAACCAGAGGAUUCGCCGGCUCUUCCUAUGACCUGGGAAGAGUAUCUAGCGCUCGAUUCGCGCAUGGAGUCGACUGAAUGGGAUGAAGUUGCGAUCCCUUUGCUUGAAGCGCUCAACAGCAUCCCCGACAACGAGCGUCUCGCAUUCCUUCCAGCAGAAGAGCGUCCACCGGUGCCAUACCUCGAAAGCGACAGGCUUGUGGAUACACGUAUGUUUAUCGAGGCGUCCCUUAUCGCCAGAGGGGUGACUCGAGGCUAUGUACGCAGCCUGGGACGGUCCCCUUCUGCCCAGACAGCACGCUCUGACGAUGAUUUGCCUCCCAACUACGUCGCCUUUAUGGGUGACUCUGACAGCUCAGGCUCCGAGACUGAGUCAGACGAUUCAGACGACGAGUGCUAUUGGUCAGACACUCCAGGGCCCAACGACGGUUUCGUGGUAGGAAUGUUGGAGCUUGGUUUGUGGUCCGAGCGCUCACUUCCUUUGAAUGCACGGGGCGUGAUUCUCAUAGACACUAGCGAGAUCUCGUAA